GGUUGAGCCAACACACGUCUCCCGACGUACCUCAACCACCACAAUAAUUGCCGCGGUAUGCAUUCGUGUGAGUGCAUGUGCUGAGUGCAUCAGCACCGAGCGUGCAGUCUCCCUGUAACAGCCAACCCAACCUUUACCUCCCUUCAUCCCUUCCAUUAAUUUUUACCCCCCAAAUUUCGCAUUUUUUUUUCUUCGUGUCAAGCGUGUGCGAAUGAGCGCGAGGACAAGUGCCGAAUUGUCCUGAGCUUUUCGGGGAGGGCAUGAGAGAGGGCCGUUUGGCACCGUCACGAUGACGUCGGCGUCGUCGCAUGUGCAUUCGCGACGAUGCCGAGAUAAACUCCAAUGCAGCAUUGACGCCGGUGGCGGUCCAUCGACAGCAGCACCGCCACCAUUAUCAGUGGCUGAUACAGAAGCAUUAAUCGUCAUGGUGGGAGCGUCAACUGCGUCCGGCAAACUGUACACAAUCCGUGAGUGUUUGUAUCCCUCGUUCUCGAAAUACAACAGUUGCCCUGCACUCGUGUAAACACAAAUGAGGGUGCGUUAUAAAGUGACAUGCAUCGUGCACCGGACGGUCUACCCCCCGAACUAAUUAAAAAUCGAGACCAGCAGAGAGAAAAAGAAAUUGUUACGUUAAUGAUAUUAAUUGUUGUUGUCGUUGCAUUAAACGAUCGACUGAAUACGACCAAUUGCCUAUGAAAUACAAUCGCCAGAGGACUGUUCACCAACAACACGAACCUGAAAUUUUUAAAAUUAAUAAACAAAUGUCAAUUUUGCGAUGGUGCACCCGAUGAAAUUGCGAGUGAAGGAAAAGGAGAAUUAUUGAGUAUUUAUGUGCAACCAUUGCCCAGAGUAGCCACAGAAGACUGAGCUGUAUCUACCAGCAUUAACAACAACAUAUCGCAUAUUCAUCAAAAGCUCAGAAGACUGGGCUGAUGUCAGGGGGACAGAAUCGACAGAGAAAUUUUGCCUAUUCAAGAGGGGAUUAUCUGCCAAUUUAGUAUUCAUGGCGAAGAAGGUGAUGGCACGUACGACGCGCUCAAAGCGAAAAAUGGCGAAUCCGGGCGAUGCUCACACGUCGGCGAGCAGUUUACUAAGUACAACAGCAACUCCAUUCACUGAUGCCAAUGUCUCGUCGAGUUAUGCGACGGAAGGUUACAGUUUUAAUUACACCGAGAUUGUCAAUAGUCUUGGCGGUGGUUAUUCCCUUGACGACGUUAAUUACACGGAGCUGUGGAUCGACGUGUGGAAUACUACAGAGCGCAUUAACGUUACGGAGAGGCUGAAUGCGACGGUAUUGCCGCACGGUGGCUACUGCGACGAAUGGGAAUCAGCGCAGCACAAGCUCUUUCAGGUGGCCAAUCUCUUCUUCGCCGCAGCCUUUAUCGUACCCAGAUCCUUCAAAGCAUCAGUACUGGCCCUACGUACAUGCCUGACAGCUGGCUUCAUGCUGGCUGCCCUGUGGGCGGGCAUAACAAUAUGUGCCCUUGACGCUAUGCUCUGGUGUUUAGCACUUGGCCUCCUCAAUGGCAUACAUUCACUUAUAUUAGCAUGCCGUUUUCUACCACCAGCACUGAGUCCAGAAUUGGCGGAGCUUUAUCUCAAACUCUUCAAGCCAUAUCGCGUGAGCAAGAAGCACUUUCAAGAACUUGCCAAAGAAGCGAGAAUACUCAAAUUGGAUCCGGGACAGACUUAUGCCACUGAGGGAGUUUCCGCAGCUGACGAGAGGCUAUCGAUAUUACUACGUGGCAAAUUGAAAGUAACGUGCGACGGCACUCACCUGCACUACAUCCGAGCUUAUCAGUUCGUUGAUUCCCCGGAGUGGGAGGCGACACACGAGAAUCUGGACGAUGUCUUCCAAGUAACCAUACGCGCCGAGGAGACGAGCACCUACAUAUGUUGGACACGACUGAAACUACUUCGAGUACUGCGGCACCGUCCUCUGCUGAAGGUCGUACUGACAACCCUAAUUGGCAAGGACAUAACCAGUAAAUUGUACGCACUAAAUGAACAGCUGGCGGGUGUUGCAGCGGCCCAUGAAAAUGCCGUUUCCAAUCCUUACCGGGGAAUUGCCAGGAGCGUCAGCGUCGAUGCUGUUGACACGGAAACUGCUGGACGCGUCAGGUCCAAUACGUGGAAGGAGAGGAGACACAGUAAUCCACGUAACUCACCUCAGCACUAUGGCCACCAAUACUGGACUCCAGUAGUGGCGAAUCAUUUUCCUUCGACAUCGCCAUUCGUACCGACCCCAAACCUCGGUUACACGUUGUUGCCCCAGGGCGUGCCAUUCUCACCACCCCCUCGUAUACCCACUGCCACACAUCCACCAUUAACGAGACAACGCAGUGUUGGCGGUGGCUCCGGUGGUGACUACACCCUCUUGCCCACCACCCCCAAGCUGGAAAGAAAGCGCUCGAAAAAAGCAGCUCGUGAGGUGACCUUUGAAACGCCCGUAUGACGCUCGCUCGACGGGGAGGGCCCUGCCAGUGUACCAUUGUUGUCACUGUCACCGCAGCGUAUCGCCUAGCCCCGUCGCACACACCACGACACCCAAAAAAUUCAACUAACGAGAUUCGUUCUGUGAGUGUUUUACACGUGAAAAUGAAUUAACAGUGGUGGCCUAAGAAAAUUGGAUUGAAGUCAUAAAAAAAAAUAUAACGUGCUCUUCCAACACUUUAACGAGUGUCAGUUAACCAAGGACGAGCCCCUACUCCCCCGUAAAUCACUUGUAAAUUCACUGAGGGGUGAGGUGGGGUAGUGGAACAGAGAAUAACGUAUAAAAAAGGGAAAAAUAAAACGAGAGCAGGGGAAUCCAGGGGGGGUUUCAAUGCUGGGACAAUUGUUCGUUGAAUUUUUUAUACUCGCGAGUGGGUGACUGCCACAAAUGUCCAACAUUUUUGGUCAUUAUCGAUCGUGUGCUGUUGAUAUUAUAGUGAAAAUACUUGAAUCGGAGGAAUGAGAGGUGAAGGAUAUGAAAAUUUCGUGGAGCUGAAGUGAGUGGAGUUUUUUUUCUCUUCGGUAUUUCACAUACUUUUCAUGAAUAAAUUUAAUACGACAGCACUGCGACAAGAUAGCAUUCCACAAAUCAUUUCAUUGAUUAAUAGGUCCUCUCUUAAUUUAAUUUAAUGGAAAGGAAUUAAUUCAGCUUCACGAAAUCGACCGCCAAUGAUGCUAUUGCGAACACCAUCCCACUUGUGUACACCUUUUUACAUCGACUGUGAUUAUACUAACGGAUAUAAAUUGUUAAGGGUAUGAAGGACAAAUUAUUAAUGAACAAAAAAUUAUAUUAAAUCGCUUGAACGCGACGUCUCGACUGCAGUCUUUUCGGAGGGUUUUUUCAGGAACUCUGACACAUUUUACAUUCUGACAGGCGAAUCCCUCGCACCCACGGACGAGAAUAAAAUAUUCAAAAAACGAUACACCCGACGUGCUCCUCUCGCAGAUGAAUAAAAUACUGUUAUUAUACUGAAUAAAUGGCGUGUCAAUGCUCCUUUGGAUUUUUCGCGGAGAAAUUACGAAAAUAGCACCUCCAGAGGUUCUUUUAUACUGAGGAAGAAAAAAUGGAGACAAGUGAGAUGACAAAAAUAAUGUAAAACGCUUCUGCCUAGAUGUUGCUCAAAUAAAACGUACAAAUUCAGUACGAAAUCGAAUAACAUAUCUGUACAUAGGUCGCCUUGGAAUUUAUUUCCACAUUUUAUAAACUCCAUGGAACAUGAGAGAAGAAAUGCAAUAAGGAGGGGAGCAAAAAAAAACGAUUGUGCCGAGGUUCACGACUCAAUUGCGAGACAAUUUUUUUUACCCGUAUUUCUUUUCCCCUUCCACCCACUCAUCGAGAGAAAAUAUCGCCUUUUUUUGAAACCAUAUACUGAGGGAGAGAAAAAUGAAGAAAAUACUUUUCCGAUGAUAAAAAAAUUACUUCACGCGGAGGAAUAAAAAUAUCGUUGAAUCGUACAGACAAAUUUCUUUCGGUUAUAUUUUUCUCAUGAAAUGAAACAGGUAUUUUAGAAUUAAUUAUGUGUUUGUUGGUCACGAGAUUUUGUCUUCGGAAUAAAAAUUAUCGGGGUUGAUUUUCUGCUAACGUCGGGACGUUGCGUUCAUCAAAAAGAAAAGCGGAUAAUUAUAGUGAAUCAGCUACAAGCCCGAGUAAUGCAGUGCUAUUAUGAUAAAUACUCAUUGUGAUAAAUUAAUAAACGAAAUUCAAACAGAAUGAAAAGUACACCAAUGGGGACUCCGGGGAUCCCCGGGACGAAUGUCGAUUUCCUUUUUCGCGUUAUCUGUUGAGACAUUCGUCUCGCCCUGAACGACUGGAGGCCCCUCACAUGAAGAGAAAUAUUCAAUAAUUAUUUUUUACGCGAUCUCACAGAACUGUUACGGAUUUUUUUCGCUUAAACUUCCCUAGUCACGUCCGUAAUUGGUCAGUGAACUUGAAUUCCGUAAUUUUUAACUGAAUAUUUCCCUCCGUGCCGAGAGGAAAGUUGGAUGAAAAUUAUCUAGGAAAAUAGGGGAAGAUUUAGCCACACGAGAGGUGAAAUUUUAAUUCAAUAGAAAGUACAUUUUUGUGGAGGAUAUUUUUUCUAAUUGUAGUUUCUCUCCAACUUUUUCUCUCCGUGAGGGAUCCGACAGCAGGGGUGAGUCUAUUCGGGAUUUAUACAUAAGUGCUUCGUUAUGAGGUAGGGGUCUUGAGUAAAAUUUAAUGAAACGAAAUAAGCCUGCGACUUAAGUGCUUCGGAGAGAAGAGUGUGUAGUUUGUAGGGGUGGAUGAUCAUGUGGAUAUUCGAGGAUUUUGAAUUUAUGAGAGGGGAUUUCAGAAGGGAAGUCCCUGUCGGAUUUUCAAUUUUUUUCACUCAUCGUAAUUCUAUAUAUUGAUAUUUCCCCACAAGGUAAUUUUUUGUGUAUGAAUGUCAUCCCUUUCCCCCUGAAUUAAUCCAUUUUUGAAUAAUAUUCAAUAAUAAUUCGAAAGAUGACCGACUUUUUCUUUGAUAAUUGAAUUUUAUCGCAGAGACUUCCCCCUCGACUUCCCUCCCCGAAAAAAUCGAAGAAAAAAAUGUUAAUUAAAACAGAAAAAUCCUCAAAAGUAUGUUUGUAUGUUUCUAUGUUUUAUAUAAGCCCCAGUGAAUGUCAGGGAAUAUUACAAAGUGAAAAAGAGGAUAAAAAUUGGGGUCAAAGAAACAAAGAUUAUACCUUUUUCCAAUAAAGCCCAAGAGUUGUGUGUUUCCAUAGUCAGUCUUGUCUUGUUAAAGAUGACAGUUAAUGUCAGGUCUGAAGGGGUGCGUCGCUGUUGCUACGGCCUCGGAGGGGUUAAGAAUUCCCAUGUAACUAAAACACACACGAUGGCAGGGGCAGAAAAAUAUACAAGCGUUACGUGGCUGGAAUAAUGCUAGAGAGUGAACUGACAUUGCUCGUCUACCGUGUUGCAUUACGUAGGGCGUUGAGCACACGUACCUGCCCCUCGAACAUUUACAUACAUGACAAAUUACGUUAUUUCCGGUACAGUGAGUCGUUGAAACCCGGGUAAACAUCAAAGGAAUUGUGGUGCCUGAAGGGUAACGAGAUGGAGAGCCCACACAGUAUUUUUGGUAAUUGUCAAUCCGUCGCGGUAAAGUGUUGAAAAAAAAUGUCCAUUUGAAAUUUAUUUCCCAUAAAAAAAUCCAGACAUUUAUUUGACGAGAGAAGAGUUCCCGAAGAGAACUUCUAUCCUGUUAAUUUGUUAACUCAUCAAUGGUUCAAUUAUUUAUAUUUGAAUUUGAGAGAUGCGGGGACUUGGGAAAACAACGCAGACCUUUUCACUGUGGGCAAUAAUUUAUCGAACGUUUCCUUCCAAUUUUUUUUUUGCAAUGCACACGCACGCAUUAUUGGCAGGCCACCAGCACCCAUAGACGGUGGAACUGAAUUUAUCCGUGAGGGUUCGAUUUUAAAAGUUGAUUUAUUUACGCAUCACUGACUCCAUCCGGAUACAUCAGCCAGCGGGAAUUUUUUAUGGAUUUCUGAGCACGACUUCAUCCCCUUUUCAUUGCACUUCUUAUUUUCCGAAUGCAUGACUGUACAGUUUUCUAGAAAAAAAAUCAAUGCAUCCUUCCCGAAUAAUUUUAUCAAUAAACGUCUGGGUCACGUGAAAACGAAUAAAAUAUGUUUAUAAUUAUCAAUCACAAAAUAAAUUAAUACUGCAAGCAACCUCGUUACUCUGCUCCAUCUAACAUCCCCUAUUGAAUAAAGUUGGCAUUGAGGAAGCCCUGAUAAGCUCCAGAAUCGACAAACAGGUGACAACUGAGUUGCAUGUAACACGUGAUAUCCACCACGAGAUAAUAAAAUCCCCAGGGCGAUUUCUCCCGCAUUAUGCAACACACCGUACUCGAGAAAUAUGAAUUUCACAUUUUCUCCCCGAGCCAACAACGACAAAUCUCGUAUCGUCAGCCACACAGAACCCAUUCCCCACUUGACGUGAGUAUAUAUUUUUUCCCCUGCCGUCGUAGCGUGCAAUAAAGAAGGUAUGAAAAAGAUGAGAGUGCAUGGAUGAUCGAGCUGUCGAUUAUUGUGAAUAAAGAGAAACAAAAAUAAAAUAAAGUGAAAUCAUGUUACGAGAGCAAAACGAAGUAAACAUUAACGCUGUAUAUUAUUAAGUGAUAAAUAUAGGGUUAAGUAUUUAUUACUAUUAUUAUAUGUUCGUUGACUAUUAUGUUAGAAAUAAAACAAUG